CUUCUGGUUUUACCCUCAAGAUCACACACCAUAUUCGCAGGAAUGUGUUUUCACAGCUAACUCAGAAACAGCUUGGCUUGUGGUAACAAGCUCACUGCUUGAUUGCAUCACAUCCGAGGGAGAGAACGAGAGGGUGUGUGUUUUUUUCUUAGGAAGGUGAAUCAGGUCUGAAAGAGGAAGCAGGAUGUCAUGCAGGCGUCACUAUGCACUGAGUCUGGCUCUGUCUAGUGCUUCCACCGAGGAUGAAUCCUACACUAUUCCUGCUUCUGGUAUUGACAGCUAGCUGGACUGGACCUGUUCAAUGUGAAGACAAUGAAGAGACAGAGGCUGAAGACUUGUUAGAUGUCAACGCAGAGGUUGAAGAAGAAAACCCAGAUAAUCAUGGGGACGGCUCUGGAGAUGGCAGGCGCUCGACUGUAGGUUUCUUGGAUGUAGUCUCUACACCAAGCAGUGACUCAGUUAAUAAUCAGGAAUCAGAGCCGACUACAGAGACAGAGCCUGAGACAGACGUAGACGCUGAGGAUCUCAACCCAGUAAUCAUGAUCAUCAUUCCUCUGGUUCUCACACUCGUCAUCAUCGCUGUGAUCGUGUGUGUAGUCAUCAUCUACCGCAGGAGGAGAAUAAGAGCUGAAACUAAAGAAGAUCCUUAUCUGGAUCAUGAAGACCACGAAAAAGUGCCAAUGCCAAUGUUUGAUGAUGACAUCCCAUCAGUGAUGGAGCUGGAAAUGGAAGAUCUAGAAAACUGGAUGGCCAAAGAUGGAGGCAAGAAAGUGGACACUGGCCAAAUAUAAUGAAUAGAAUUUAAGAAGCCGUAUCUCUCAACAGAUCCAGACACAGUGGACUAUUUUUAGGAAUUCGUCAUUUUGAAAACUUUGCCAGGAUUUUUAGAUUGUUUCAUAAUGCCAUCACUUUAUAUUAAAAAGAUAUUUGUUUAAUAUUGUAUAAUCCUCUUGGAUGAACAAAGGCAGAUCUGUCUGUUGCACUGAUCAGGAUCCAACAGUUCACUGGAAGCCAAUAUGGUCUUUUAUGUGCUUUUGAUAUUUAAGAUAUUCACCACAGUUAUAUGAUAAUCAAUGAUGUUUCUUUAUAAUUUAAUGAUUGUUCCUGUCUUUAUCUCAGUGUAAGGGCUGCCACAGAACUUCAGAUGCAUUAAGAAGCAUUUCAUUUAAAUUAUAGAGACAUUAACCUUUGUAAAUAUUAUUACAUUGGCUGUAUUAUAUUUUUUCUUUUAUUUGCAGUAUUGCAAGUUUGUGUUUACAAUUAAUAAUAGAAUUUAAAUCAUUUAAUAAUUUUUAGGAAUUAACCAAUGCAUUUCCUGCCACGUACUGUAUGUCAUUUUACAUUAAAAGAGGAAUUAUUGU